AUGGCCGUAGGCUGUGUCGCGUGUGAAUUUUUUUCUUUCUUGGAUAGUUAAUUAACGCGUAUCGCUGCAGCUAUUUUCGUUUUGCACGUGUUAAGUCCUUAUUACGAAACGAGGGGGGCCAAAGAUAAAUGCAAGCCUCUCUUUGAGAACGCGAAAUUAAAUCACACCCAUUAAUAAAUUGUAUUCAUUUGUAUUCGCUCGCGCGCAUUACGGCUUCAAACAACGUGGUCUGACGAAAGCCGUGAAACCACGCGAGAGUGUAAAUAAUUCCGCUUUGAGCAAACUAAAACGGACACAUAACGCAAACAACGUUUGCUUUCAGCGUAAAAACGUGGUUGACUUUUCUGGUGAGGCAGAAAGGCUACAACUCUCCCCCAUGAAACAAACUCAAAACGACGAAGACGCGAAUGGUGGAAUGGCGUCUACGACACAGUCCUAUCCGCGACUGCCGAGGAAAAAAACGCUUGAACAACAAGCCGUGGUCGACGAGAUUCUACAAGUCGUAGCUGAUCAAGGACGACGAAUCUCGCUUUCACAAACGGACUACAGCGUUCAAAAGCGAAUAGAGUUCGGUUUAAGGCGCCAAAAAAGACUAACAAGCGAAGGAUCGAGUUUUGAUGACUCAAGUUCGUGUGCCAGUGGGUCUGAUCUUUCCACUUCGCCUCCGCCUUCACGGCAUAGCAGUAUUUCAAGUUUUUCAGACGAAGGCAAAAUGUUUGAAUUCAGUAGCCGGCCACGGACCCUGCCGCCGCUCAACCGGAGCAGAACCCAUCGGCCCUUCAGACCGACGCCUCCGAAAAUCGACUUUGACGAGGAGAGAGAAACGAACUGUGCAAGCAGGUUAUCAAGACCAAUGUCUGCACGCGGGCAACGAUCACGCCCUCAAAGAGGUUUCACGUUAUGAUUCAGAGAAUUAGAAGUAGUAUAGAGAAAUUGCCAUCAUCAUAUUUUAUUCAUUGAUAGCGCACAAUCUUUUAUGCGCAGAAGAAGUAUUUUCGAACUUUUACGUAGAAAUUAGCUUUGAAAAAUGUUGCGCUCAGUUAGUGUCGCAAGGAAAGCCAACAUCGGUGAACGUAAAGGUGGCGAACUUGGAAAUUCAUCAGUUGACAAUAUUACGUCUAUACGCCAGAUGGGGUGGCAAAACAAGGUUUAUCAGCUAAGCUACUGUUAAUACACAGCAAGAGGGAUAAUCGGAGAGGAAAAGAAAACGUUUGUAAACUCUGUUUAGAUCCCGAGAACACUGCUGGUUAGUGUUGCGGCUCAGUAUAAGUACUAUAUCUAAAAUCAAGCAAAUAUCUUUUAAAAAUACAUACAACACGGCCUCAAGUCAUGAUCAGACAGUCGAAGAAUUUUUAAAAUUCUCCGACAUUUCUAGAAAAAGUCAGUCUAUUAAAUAAAUGCCACAGAAAAAUAGCGGGAUCAGGAAAAGAGAUUUUACACUAAAACUGAACAAGACAACAUUUUUGUCAUUGAAAACCAUCACCCACCUGUAAUGGUUUUUACUCUCGACGCAAUGAAAAUGCAAUUGUCGGUCAAAUAAUAGAGAGUUUCAAAUGAAUUUAUUGCAAAACAUAUCGAUCGAUCUCAUUUGAAAGAAAAUGAUAUAUGUAGAAUCAUAUUAUAUAAAUAGAAGUAGAUAGCAAAUAUUCCUUUUUGCAGGCUAACUAAGAGCUAUAUUUAUCCAAAAAAUACGAGACCAAAAUGUUAAUUUCUUCUGAUAUUCUCGGAAUAAUAUUUCGCCAGUAAUUACCUCUUGUAAAUAGUCCGCAAAGGUUAAAAUAGAGAGAAAGGUUGGCUAAGGGGCAAAGCAAAUUAUAUAAAAGGCUGUAAAAAUAAAGUAAAAUACUUGGUGCCAGUAAAUUAUUAUAAGAAUAAAACUUGAUCUAAA